AUGUCAGAGUCACCAGUGGUUCUUUCUCAGUACGAUCCGAGCGGCCAGUUUCUGGCCUAUGUCACAGUAGCUCUGGACAAACACAGGGUCUCUGUGGAGCCCACGAACGCCGGCAAAGCAAAUGGCCUGGUGAACGAGAACUUUCUCUACCUCGAGGACUCGCAAUCACGCGUGACGUGCCUGCAGUGGGUCCAUCUGGCCUCCAGCGACGCGCAACUUGUCGCGCUGGGUCUCAAUUCAGGUGAAGUCUGGCUCUACGCUCCUUCGGCCAACCAAGUUGUCUACAAGCUUUCCACCGGCGCCUUGCACGCCAUCCGCGACUUCCAGUGCAAGGGCCAAACCGCCUGGUGUUGCGACCAAAGCGAUACCGUUUACCAGUUUAACAUGACUGAGUUCACCGUCGCGGCAAAGUUCAAAGUCGAGGGCUGCGAGAACCUGCAAAAGCUGUGUGUCGUGGACGAGCAGCACAUCCUGCUGGCGUCGCACUCGAUCUCACUUGUCGAUGUCCAGUCCAAACUAGUCGUCCAAACUUUCCCCGGUCAUAUCUCCGCGGUUUCGAACCUCAUAAUGCUCAACUCAUCUGCUUUCCUCACGAGCGCUACCAACGAUAGAUUCCUGAACAUCUACGACCUCGCUACAGGAGGCACAAAGUCGGUACUGGUGGCGCAGUCUGACGUGCUACAACUGUCCCACUACAAUGAUUCGACAGUCGCUGUCACAACCGAGGACGGAACAAUUGAAGUGUUCCCAGAUCCAUUGGUGAACACGAGUAAAAAGAGACGGAGAACAGUGUCCAAACAGUCUACGCACCUGAUCAAAAUCCAACGUCCAGAGAGCGAGGAGCGCGUUGCCGCGAUGAAUGUGUUCAUUACAGCAGACACUUUGAACUACGCUUGGCUGGAAAACGCUACAAUUCCAUAUUUCGACCAGCUCCAGUGGGCUGAACUUCCAGCAACACAUCUAAUAACAAAGUCACGGCCUUCGGCAACUUCGAAGCAUGCCAACCGCACUCUUCAUGGGGAAGACGUUGCGGCCGCUAAAUCCUACGUGGAGGGCAAUGCCACUGUCACUUCAGGAGACAACUUCAAGCACGUUCAUGAGGCAAUCGCUGAGCUCGAAAGAGGCGGUGCAGAUGCAAGCGACUCUCUGGCGGACAGAAUGGCCUCUUCUUCGCUGGGGGACGACCAUGCAGGAUCAAAGCGUUCCAAAAAGCGUGUCACCACAGGCACCCUGACCGUGGUUCUUUCCCAAUCAUUGCAAUCAAACGAUCAUUCGCUUCUUGAGACUGUGCUCAACAACCGUGACGAAAAAAUAAUAAAGGGUACUAUAAGCCGACUGCAGCCAUCACUUGCGGUACUACUAUUAGAGAGACUUGCAGAGCGUAUUGCCAGACAGACGAACAGGCAAGGGCCCCUAAACGUUUGGGUCAAAUGGUGUCUAAUCAUUCACGGUGGCUACCUCGCCCGCAUGCCCAAUCUGAUGUCGAGUUUGGCCUCGCUGCACUCGACCUUGAGAAAGCGUUCGGAGAUAUUACCGCGUCUACAGGCACUAGAAACAAGAUUAGACUUUUCAUUGAACCAACUUGACGCCUACCGCGCAUCUCACGUUAACCUUGGGGAAAUGAGCGCGAGCGCAUUCGGAGUUGGCGAGGACAAUGAGGAGGAAGUUGAGUAUUGUGAAGAGCUUGACGAUGCUGGGCUUAUCGAAGACGGCGAGUUGGAUGACGACGAGGAUUUCAGCGAUAGCGAAGACAACCAAAGCGAUAAUGAUCAACGCAAUGGCAACUUCGCUGAAGAAGACGGUAUUGACGGCGAAGGUGCUAGCGAAGGUGAGUUGGAUGACGAGCAUGGCUACAGCGAUGUCGAGGGUGACGACGACAGCCAUCCUAACGGUCACAAAAGAGUGUAG